AUGGCCCUGCAGCCUUACCAGGACGAGGAUUUGAAUUAUUUCAAAUUUUCUUCCCUUGUGCUCAAAGAAUUCCCAAAAGCCUUGAGACAGACGUUUAAGACGAUGUGGGACAACACCCAUGGACGUCAUCCUGGUUUUCAGGAAUGGGAUGAUUCUUCUACCGUGAGAAAUUUGUUUGCCACUGCAGAGGGUGGCAGAACCAAAGUUCCUGUCCAUCAGUCAUAUCACGAAUGGGAUUGCACUGCUUUGUUCCAGGCCACUAUCUACUCGCGAGUCUUCGCCGUACCUCACGGGACGCUAAAUGACGUGUAUGUUAAGCCUCGUGGACUAUCACAUGGCCAUUUUCAUCCGUCCGUAGUCAGCACAACCGGAAAUAAUGAGGAAACUCAGGCACUAGCAAUAGAUCAGUUGCGCCUUUUGAGGAAUUCCCUUUGUCACUCGACCAGUUCCAAGAUAACCAAGGUAACCUUUGACCAGUACGUGAAACACGCCAAGGACGCGUUCCAAGCGCUGAAUGUCUCUACAGCUCCUAUUGAUGCUGUUGGUAGUUUAUUAGAGUCAGACUUUCCCAUAAAUGAAGUCCGCAGACUUGAGCAGGCUAUCAAAGAAGAAUAUAAAUCGUAUAUAAGGUUUCUUGAAAGUGUGAAGGAAAAAAUGGAAAGCGAUAUU